AUGUACGAAGAGGGCAGGCGGAUGCGAAAGGGCGAAAGGGGUGAAAGGGCGAAGUGGAGACGGCGGAGACUAGGGCGAAACGAAGAAAAUGAAGGGGUUGAGAGACGAAAGAAACGAAGGCGAAGAGAAAAAAGCGAAGAGGCGCGAGGGGGAAGAAAUGAAGAGGUGCGUGUGAAGGAGCGGAGAAGAAGGGAAUGUAAAAAGGUAAAAGUACAGGCACAGAUGAAAGCGGAGAAGCGAAAACAAAGUGGAAGAGACGAAUGGGAAGAGGAGAAGACGAGGAUGCGUAGACGAAAAAACGAAGGCGUGAAGCUGAAAAAACGAAGACGAAAAAGGGAAAGAGGAGGAGUUGAGGAAAGGAGAGGAGAAGAGGCAAAGGAGAAAUGUAAAAAGGCGAACAAAGGAAAGGUGAAAUGGGGAAUGUGUAGAGGCGAAAAGCGAACAAGCGCCAUCGAAGGGGUAAAAGCCAAGAAGCAAGGGCGAAAAGAUGACGGGUAA